AUGAAGACCCUCAGAUUUCAACUAUAUCGCGUUUGGGUAUUCUUCGGCCGCUUAGCUGAUAAAGCAAAAGGGAAAGAGACAGAGAAAAAUGGACAACUCUCGCAAGCGUCAGAUCGUGACUCAGAAUGGGAUACCAUCAACGGGCCUAAAGCCGAAGAUUCCCUUUCAUCUGAGGACAGACACCAGCCAGAAGGACGGUUGGAACCAGCUCUUCACCGGCUAAAUGACGAUGUACUUUACUAUCUUGCCAAUUAUAUCCUGUCUCUUGACGAUACAGUUGCCUUUGCACUUACCUGCAGAGCAGCCUAUAAAGCCAUCGGUGGGAGAAGAGUUCUACAAAUGCUCAACAAGGAGCCUGCCUGGUACCGUGCCAGAUUUCUCGAGCGCCUGGAAUUCGACUUCCCGAAACACGUCCUUUGCUAUGAAUGCGACAUGCAAAAGAUUGCUAAUCACUAUAGAUUAGGCCCUCUCUACGGACGAAAUGAGCUUUAUCUAGUACCCCAGGCGCCCUAUUUUAGGAGGGACAUAGAAAGAAAGAUCGCACAUGCUCACGGCUUCAAUGAAGAGAAGCUAGCACGGGAAAUGCUUCCGCUAUGUUAUCGAUGUGAGAUUUGUGGUGCUGAGCGGCAAUUCACUAUUACCUACUUAGCAUCAAAGCCUGGGUAUGCGGUUAUUCGAAGUGCUAUGUGGGAAAGCGUAGGACAUUGCGAGAACUCUGUCAACGGGCAAUGGGAGCACAUCUGCUCCAGCGGAAGUCCAGCAACCGUUCUCCCGUUUCUCAGCAUUAGCCAGUCAGAGUUGAUUCACCAGCGUGCCUGUAUUGAGGAGAUACCUGGUAAUUUUGCGCAGAGGCUCAAUGAUGAAGUUGUCCAGAAACUGACUUAUUGA